CCGUAGGUGACGUUUAAUUAAAUAUAAAUGUGAUUAUUUAUAUAUUUAGGAAUUUAAAACUUGUACAUUUGUAUAGUAAUAAGUAUAAUAUCCAUAUUUAAAAGUUUAUUUUUACCAAUAAUUUUGUUCAUGAAUAAUAUAUAAUGUCCUUCGAGUACUUACCCGUGGCCGAAGACGAAAAUGAAGAACCCAUAGAACUACCAAUCGAAGAAGAUGGAACAUUGAUGCUAACAACUGUGUCCGCGCAAUUUCCUGGUUGCUGCGGCCUGAAGUAUCGCCAUCCGGAAACGAAAAACAACCGAGGUAUAAGAUUAAGAGAUGGCAGGCUUUACCCUCCACCUGAAGGAUGGGGUAAUCACUUGUAUAUUUGCAGCUUUCCUAAAGAAAACAAAAGGAAGUCGGGAGAAAGCUCCGAAACAUCAUCAGUAAAGAACAAGAGAAAUGAUAACUUAUGCUCUGAUUUAAUAGUAUUAGGGCUGCCAUGGAAAGCAACUGAGCAAACUGUGAGAGAGUACUUUGAGAAAUUUGGUGAAGUCCUGAUGGCGCAAUUGAAAAGAGAUGCAAAGACAGGAAUGUCUAAGGGUUUCGCCUUCAUUAGAUUUGCUUCUUACACUUCGCAAAUGAGGGUGUUGGCUCAGAGGCACAUGAUAGAUGGCCGCUGGUGUGAUGUGCGAAUACCAAACUCCAAGGAGGGCUCAGUCAACUCUAUGCCCUGCAAAGUGUUUGUCGGCCGCUGCACUGAAGAAUUAACAGCUAAUGACUUAAGAGAGUAUUUUUCUCAGUUUGGAGAAGUUACAGAUGUUUUUAUUCCAAAGCCAUUUAGAGCGUUUAGUUUCAUUACGUUUUUGGAUCCAGAGGUAGCACAAAGUUUGUGUGGGCAAGAUCAUAUUAUAAAAGGUGUGUCUGUGAAUGUGUCUAAUGCGUCCCCUAAGCAAAACAAGAGUGGCUCCAACCAGCGGAAUUUACCAAGUAGAAACUAUGAUGAAGGCCAUAUGCACUCGGCAUCAAAUAACAACUCCUGGAGCAACCGUAGCAUGGAUAUGGUGAACAUGCAAGCCCUUGGUAUGUCUGGUCAGCAUGGGCAGACUGGAGUAGCCGGUGGAGGCGGGCAGGGACAAGGAGGAAGCAUGCCGCUGGGAAUGAGUGGCCUCCCUGUAAACCAAGCAUUGGUGGCGGCAGCACUGAACCAGGCAGCAGGUUGGGGGCUCAUCAACAACAUACCCUCUGGAGGAUCUGAUCAAGGUGCUUUUGCGGGUCCAGGGUCCUCAGCACCACCAGCUCCGCCCAACUUCCUCUCGUGGAUGCAGCAAGGUAACUCAGCACAGGGACCUUCUAGUCAGUGGGGACAGCGGCACCAGUCCCAGGGCCACUCGGUUUGAUCCAAUGUAUGAUUUGACAAGCUCAUGAUAAUCUCUGUGAUUGUAGCAACAUUUAGAUAAUUGUCAUUGGUAUAACGGGUUUUAGUCUGCUGCUGAGAGAUGGUUUGUUUGUACCUUCAUUGUUUGCUACUAAUGUUAUUUAUUUCUAAUGAAAUUGCUUGUGUUUUGUUGAGUUUCUUCAAAUCCGUAAUAUAAUUAAAUACCUCUUUGUCAUAGGUCCAACACAUGCUAAUGACAUCAACAGUUAUCAAUAUUGCUCAUAAUGUAUGUGGCUAUCCAUGACUGAAGGGUCUUUGUGUUUUGUGUUCAAGAAGGUUGUUAUUGCACAUGAAGCACAAAACCCAUUUUGUAAUAGAAAGGCACAUUUACAUCCUUUAAAACAUAUUUUGAUUGACAUAUUUUCAUACUGAAGUUGGACAAAGGUUAGUGCUGGCCAUUAGUCUAUUUAAUAUAAUGAAUCCACAUGUAAUGUAAGAUUCAUGUUGUGUAUCUGGAUUGACUAAUGAAGCUAUGAGUCUUCAUUAGAAUAUUUAGAAUGGGUGAUAAGCACUUACUGAUUGUUUUCUUCACUUGUUGCUAAAUUGCAAGUGCACGGUAACUGGAAUCAGUGCUAGUCUUAUUGGUGUACCUAUUAUAACAAUAUGUGUAGAAUGUAUCAAUAUCCACAAGUUAAUAUACUAUUGCGUUGUCUACUGAAUGACUAUAUCUUGAAUAGUAAUGUGACUUAGAACUUGGCCAAGUCUGAAAGUUGCAAUUUGAUGAAAUAAAUCAAGUAUGUUCCUGGACCUUCCUGAACCCUCCUGGAUCCUUAAAGGCACAGCGAAGGCCUAACUCAAAAAUAAUAUGGGUGGCAAAUAAGUUUUCAGUUUUGCUUUUGUUCAACUACUGUCAUCUACCUUGACUCUUGUAAAAUUGUAACAGAGUAGGCAUCAUCAAUUUCAUUUACACUAUCUAAUAAGUUUAUACUUUAAUGCCAUGCUGUGGCAUAUGUUUAACUCUGCAGAACUAAAUACACAUAUACCUUC